UGACAACCGGUCGCCACGAUGACGGGUCGCGGGGCGAAGCGACGCGGGCGGCCCCCUAAGUCCGUCGUCAUGGAGAGGCCCAAAAAGUUCCAGUACCACCUGAUGAAGAAGCCCAAGUACUUGCAACACAAGGGCUCCGAGACGCCGAACUCACAGCCAAGCACGCCUACUGCCUCGAGGGCCUCGUCGCCAGUUGAGAGCGAGGAGAGCAAGCGCAGCACACGCAGUCGCAAGUCCCGCGGUGCCAGGGACAAGCAUCCCAGAAAAGGGGCUCACUCUGGCUCGGGCCCGUACCAGAGGAGAGGUUACAAUCCCAACGUGGACUACCAUGACUCCGAGUACCAUUAUGGCUCGGACUUUGGGGAUGAAUCCAGUGAAAAGAGCGACGCGGAGGAGGACCCUCUGCAGAGCGACGUCGAGUCCUCCGAGAGUAUAGAGGAACCGGAUCCCUCCAGCGACAGCGAUUUUUCUCUUUCAAGCUAUAGCACCACCAGUGGAACGCCCAGGAAAACUCCGCUCGGUCAGCAAAGACCGCCGAGUCCGGAGCCGCUAUGGCUCCAGAACCGGGAGUUGCCCUCUCUCGUUCUCCCUAAGUCCUCGGACGAUCUGCUCGUACCCAAGGAACUGGUAAUGCCAUCCUUGUCGAUAUACGAGGUCCUCAGGCACUUUCGUACUCUCGUGAGACUCUCGUCCUUCCGGUUCGAGGACUUCUGCGCGGCCCUGACCUGCGAGGAUCAGACUAAUUUACUUACCGAGAUCCAUAUUAUGCUCAUCAAGGCGUUGCUUAGGGAGGAGGACUCCCAGCAGACGCACUUUGGUCCCUUGGACCAAAAGGACUCCGUGAAUGUUAGUUUAUACUUUGUGGACUCUAUGACCUGGCCUGAGGCUUUGCGCUCCUAUGUGGAGAGCGACAAGUGCUUCGAUCAGAGUAUUCUGCACAUUCUGUCCAAUACGGAAUAUCCUUUUACACUUAUUGAGGAGCGUAUCAAGGUUUUACAGUUUUUAACCGAUCAGUUUCUGAUUACAAAUCCAGUACGAGAAGACCUGUUGCACGAAGGGAAUAUGCAUUACGACGACCACUGCAGAGUAUGCCAUCGCCUUGGCGAUUUACUGUGCUGCGAAACUUGUCCCGCGGUUUUCCAUUUGGAAUGCGUUGAGCCACCACUCGUCGAUGUUCCAACAGAAGAUUGGCAGUGCAGUACUUGUAAAGCACACAAGGUUACUGGUGUGGUUGACUGCAUACCAGACGUUGAGAAGAAUGGUUUAUUGUGUCGACAAGAACAUUUGGGAUUUGAUCGGCACGGGCGAAAAUACUGGUUCCUCGCUAGAAGGGUGUUCGUAGAAAGCGAAGACGGGGAUGUCUGGUAUUACAGUACUCCGCUGCAAUUUGAAGAGUUAAUGAACAGUUUAGACUAUAACGAUAUGGAGGUUGCUCUGUAUCGAGAAUUGUCAGACUACAAGGAUGAAAUAGUGCGACAAAUGGAGCUCACUGAAACGAUCACCAACCAGUACAAAGGAAACAAGAAGUCCUACUUGGAAGUCGAGAAUGCUCUGAUCCAAAAAGUGCAAAAGGAACGACAGGAGAGGCGCGAAAGAGAAGAAGAGGAGAGAAAGGAAAAGGAGAGGCAACAGGCCGAGGAGAUGGUGCGCAGGAUGCACGAAGGCACCGACUCUCUCGAGGAACGUCUGGCGGUGGUUUCAGGCCAAAACGAGGAAAAGGUAAAGGACAAUACCAUGGAACAACGAAAUCCCAUGGAGACUUCGCAAGAAAACGAAACCGACGGCGGCGAUCCGGACUCGUCCGUUUCCAAUGCCGAACACGCGGGCAAGGCUAAGGCCAGUAUCUCCGGGUCGUCGUCGGAAGAACUGGACGAGGAGGCGAUGGACGAGGAAGGAGUUUUAAAAGAUGGGAAAAAACACACCAUCCUGACGAGAUCGAAGACGGGAUCGCUUCAGCCUCGCACCUUCAACAUGGACGACCUGAAGCGCCGGACCACCGCUGCCUUGAACAAGGAAGAAGCCGACAAGCUCGACAGGUCCUCCAAGGACGACAACGACAACACCAGGCUGACCAGACAAAAGGCUCACCAGAUAGCCUCGGGCACGCACCUCUUCAAGCUCGGUAUGGACAACAACUUCAAGUCCUACGUGAACCAGUACAGCACGAACCCCAUCGCCCUAAACAAGCUGCAGCGGAACGAGGAACGGGACAAGAAGAGGCACCUCUCCCACAAGUUCUCGUUGACGCAGGCCUCCGAAUUCAAGUGGGUCGGGAGCUUGACCGGGACGAGAGCUCUGCUGGUCAGCACACUGCGACAGACCAUCCUCCAGCUGGAGAGCAGCAUCCAGGCGCCGUUCAUGCACACCAAUUGGCCCCUUCUCCGAAAACCGUGGACCACGGCGGUGGGGGCGUGUGUCAACCCCAGGGACUUCGCCAGGGCGUUGAUCGUACUGCAGGCGUGCAUCAAGUCGGUUGUCUUCGCCAGCGUGUGGCACGACCAGCUGGGCCACGUAAAGCUGCAGCGGGUGACCGCCCUCGAAAGGGAGGAGAAGAAGCGACUGGACAAGAAGGAGAAGAAGGAAAAGGAGGACGAAGAAGAGCGCAAUCGGCUUACCUACAACUUCGUCAAGUACACCCUCGGACUGAAGCACCAGGUGUGGAAGCAGAAAGGCGAGGAGUAUCGGGUUCAUGGCCAAUGGGGUUGGCUCUGGAUUUCCGCCAGCAGAAGGUACAAGAUGACCGAUGCGAGCAGGAUGGGACUCAGGGGCGGCCCUCAAAAGAUCAUGGUCCAGAUCAGGGAUCAGGGCGGCAUCAAGAUUCUGGCGCUCGACCCCCCGACCUACGAGUUCCUCGUAAAGGAGUACUGCCAACUGCAGACCGGCGACGCGACUGACUCGAGGGACCUCAAGGAUGUCAAGGUGAAGCAGGAGAUCAAGGAGGAGGAGGAGCCGACCCAGGAGGACGGGACCGUGGAGGUUAAGAAAGAGGUCGACGCCGAGGACGUCAAGCUGGAGAACGAGGCGGACGUCAAGAGGGACGUUGCCGAUGACGCCGUCGCCCCGAAGACCGAGUCCAAGGUGGAGAACAAGAUCAAUUUCCCAUUCUUGGCUGGCAUGAAAAUCGAGAAGGUGUUCACCCCCAUCAGGGAGUUCGAGGAGAUCGACAUUACGAAGGCCCUCACCACACCGGGUCGUUUGCACUACCCCAAGAUAGCCAAGAAGACGCGGAUCGACGAGUUCCUCGCUAGAAGGACCCAUCUUAAGGUCCUCGAGGAAAGACGCAUCCUGCAAUCCGAGAAGUCUAAGGAGCUGGCCAACCAGUCAGGCACGUCGAAGACGUCCGAGGUCGACGCCGCCGAGGUGGACACCGAACACCACGAGGAGAGCGACGUUGACGGCGGCGACGGGACUUUGCAGAGCAUCCUCUCUGGCAAGCAGACCAAGGCCAUCUCCCCGUCGGCCAGGGAGAUGCUCGCCGCCAUAGGUAAACGCAUUCAGCAGGUCCGGACCCAUUACGCCACUCUGAUGCGGCUCGGCAAGAACGGGACCUGCUAUUCCCGCUACUGCAACAUGACUCCAACGCCCGGAAAGACGAGCAACGCCGCCCAGAGCCUGACCUCGACCUGCUACUCGCCGAUGUGCCUUCAGAAAGCGCGGCUCAAGAGGGACCUCAUCGCGUUGCUGAGGAAGGCCAACACCUUGAACAACAACCAGCUGGCCCAGGGUACGACUCCAGCGGUGCAGAACCAACAGGCGGCUAGCGUCAAGGGCGAGGAAGCCGACGAGGCCAAGGACGCCAUCAGGAGGGACUUAGAGUCCGCCGUGGCUUUGGCAACGCACUGUUCCGAGGAGGUGCAGCACACCAACGUCGCCCUGGAGAAGGCGGACCCUGACCAGCCGAAGCCCGCCAAGAUGAUCAAGAUGGAAACUGUCGAGAACGCGGAAGAUGGGAACAAGGUCGAGGACGCUACGGCACGAUCGAGGACGACCGAUGGAACGAUCCGAAGUUCGCAAGAAAAUGCCGUUGGAACUCUUACCGAUGGGAAAAUCAGCUCAAAUAAUGCGAUAUCCACUACCAUGAUAGUCAAUCGGCGAGGCAGAACCGUGCAACGAAGUACAAUGGCCAAGGAGUUGAACGCCGAUGGGACCGAAAGAGUUUAUUCGGCACUCUCGACCGAGGGAAAGGUCUACCUGAAAAAGGUUUCCAUAUCCUUCGCCGACAGGAAGAAGAAGCGGACGCCGGUCAAGUACCCACUUUGCUCGACCUUCUCCACGAAGAACAAGCAUCGCAGCAUACUUUUGUUGCCGCAACACGAGUUACGCAAGCUUGCCAGACUCGGCGGUCGUACUCCCGUUCAUGGAUUUCAUCACAUGGCUAAGGCGAAUACGUCGGUAUGGCCGUAUCCUUGUCCGAGACCGUUGUUCAAAACUUGCUGGCUGUACCGGACCGUUGGCUUGAGAUCGCUGGCGGCUGCUGCGAUACAGCUGAGAAUCUUGUGGGCCUGCUUGAGGUGGGACGAUAUGGCAGCUAAACCACUGUCCACCGAUGGCAAACACCAGAUCACCACCGACACCGAGAUCAUGUCCCUAGAGAUCCUGAAACAUCGACACGUUGGACAAUUCAUGGACCGUACUCAGUACCUUCGUAGAAAGGUCGUCAUACCCCUGGAACUUCCCAAACAAAUUAGAGAAGUCACCUCUAUUCGCAGCGGGCUGAGAAAAAGGAAACGCCCCGAGUCGCCGCAGAGCACCGAGCCUCAGGUCACCGAGGAAUGGGUCGACGAAGAUAAAUUGGAACUCUGGGAGAUUAAGCAAUAUGGAGACAGGUUAGAGAAGGCUAAUGCCCAGAUUAUUACUAGGAGCCGUUCUGGCGUUCCGCAAUCGGUGGUGGUGAGUUCUAACAGAGGAAUUGGCUCGAAUGCCGGAUUGGCCGAUCACCUGGUCAGUGGGAAGGCCACUCCGGAGGAGAUCAAAGAAAAGAUGGAGCAACAGUUACGCAUGCAGAGGGCUGCUCAUCAGCAGAAACGGGCGCUGGAAACGCUGAAAAAUCCCGCCAACCCUGCGACCUCCUCGAGUCAGCUCGUCAAGGUUUCCAAUUCGAAUCAAGAUGUUCCAGGGAAGGUGGUUUCUAAAAUAGCUAUUCCAGCUAACCCCAACUCCGGUCAGGUGAAGUCUCAGCUGACUUCGUUGCUGACAACGCCGUCGCAGGGCAAAACCUUCCUGGGUACAAGGCGCAUCUACAUGACAAAGUCAUCCGAUGGGACCACGAGAGUCAUCUCCGGUCCUACGAGUAUCCUCCCGAAAACGACGCAGCAGAUGCAGAAUACCAAUCAGCAGCAAACUCAGCAGUCGUUGAUCAAAGGUUCUCAGACCGCUUCGCAAGCUACUCCCGUUCAACACGUGCAGCAGAGAGUGCAGAUUUUAAGGGGACCGGAUGGGAAGCUGCAAGUACGCGGCCUCAUGCCUGGUCAGCAGUUGGUACAGAUGCCGGAUGGGAAACUCCACGUCUUGAAUACGGGUCAAGCUAUAGCGACGACCCCGCAACAGCAGACAUCCACUGCUGCCACUGCUCCGACAGCUACCACUCAGGCUGGAGCCAAAGGAAACGCCACCUCCAGCCCUACAAAGACGGUGUCGGCUCCUUCUGGGACACCGGUCAAGGCUAGUCCUAAGGCGGUGGCAAGUCAACAGUCACAAAAUACCCCGGCGCAGGUACAACCGAAUCAGACUACUCCUACGAACGUACGUCCAAAGGUAGGCGCGGCGAAUGCCGCGAUUAAUGCCGCUACAUCCACGCCGCAGAAAAAUACCAUCAUGGUUGCUAACACGGGACAAAUCGUCCAGGGGACUCAGGUGGUGACAACGGGCGGCCAGGUGAUCAACGCAAAUCAGAUCGUGGUGAACAACGCGAAUCUCGCCCAACAAUUGGCGUCUGGGAAGGCUCAACUGGCGACGAUCGGCGGCCACCAGGUCGUGAUACGAAGCACCCCCACCGGGAACCAGAUCGUCCACCUGAACUCGACGAACAGCGGCAUCAUCGUGAAAAAUACGGUCACCCCCAAUAAGACUCAGCCAGUUACAGCGAAUCAGCAGACCCAGGCGACACAGGCUCCCACUCUGCAAGCUCAGUCGGUAGAGCCGGUGACGACCACUGCAGCGGCCCCUGUAACCGCUCCGACCUCUCCGGCCACAACCACCGUUGCGAAUCAGAUGCCUCCGGCUCCAGCCCCAGGAAGCGUCGAAGCUUCUUUACUCGCUGGCCAACCCCCGGGUACGAUCAUAAAAUGCGUGACCGCUCAAGUCAUUCAGACGACCCAGGGCCCUCGCAUAGUCUUGCAAGGCCUGCAAGGUGCCGACUUCACACCGCAACAGCUCGCCAUGGUUCAGCAGCAGGUCAAACAGCAGUUACUGAAAGCCCAAGCGACGACUGGGAAGCAAGGUGUUCUAGGGCCUACGAAAAUAUACUUGGCAGUCCAACCUGCUCCGGGAACCUUCGUGCCUCAGACUCAACCUCAGGCGACUCAGACCGUUCCCCCUGCUCCUGCGGCGACUCCGAUAAAAGUCCAACAGCCGGUGGAAUCGUCGACGGUGUCGGCUCAGUCGACAGCUGACCCGGAGACUCAAGCGGCAGCAGAUGCCACUUCAGAAGUUCCUCGUGUAACGCCGAGUUCACCGGGGAAGCCGAAAGUAGUGGUUCAGCAAGUGCGACGAAGCGGCACCGCUGGCGAGGAUGAGCCUCAGAGAGUGAAUAUGGCCAAUGGCCAACAGCUCUCGUCGCAGACGUCCAAAGAAAAUCAGCAGUCGCCUAACAAGUUCAUCUUGACGCCUGAUUACAUACAACAGACAAUAAAGAACGCGCUGAAGCAGGAGAACCUGAAUCCUGAAAUAGAGGAGAAACUGCUGCAGCUGCAACGGUAUCAGGAGAAACAGAUGAAGGGUGGCGUGGAAACGUCCGUGGCGAGUAACACGAGUCAUGGCGCCGCUAUAUCCACGACACCUAAAGCACCGUCUCGCAAGAGGCCAGUGCCCAGUCACAUUCCCACCCCUGCGACCCCGAUCAACCAGCAUUUACCUUCCAACGACAAAGACACCGACUGGGUUGAAACGCCCAAGAAGAAGCCGGUUAUUAAACAGGAACAUCGGGAAACACCCAAGGUACCAAAAACCGAACCCGUGGACAACGAGUCAACGCCGAAGAGUCGAUCGGUUAAGCCGAAGGACUCUCAGGAGCAGAGGCGGAAGCAGCAGGUGUACUCGAGAAUGCAGGUUCUUCUCUUCAGGCACAAAGAGCUGCUGAAGAAGGACAUCCUGAAGAAGAGAGCCCUUCUCGAGAAAGAGCUGCAGAUCGACAUUCAGAAGGACCUGUCGGCCGAGUUGGCUACCAGGACGAAAGCCGAGAGACACAAACAGGAUGAGGUUAAGGUCGGAAGCGCGAAACGGAAGGCCAAUGCCCAAGCUGCUCAGCAAGUCAGCCCUCCGUCUCGCAGCGGGAAACCGAAGAAGCACAAGUCGCAAAGUAACAGCACCACUCCUACCGGAGGGUCUUCGACCGCUGCGGCUAAUCGUAUCAAGAAGGAGAAGCUUUAUUGCCUGUGUAGAACACCUUACGACGAAACCAAAUUUUACGUGGGCUGCGAUUUAUGCAACAACUGGUUCCACGGAGACUGCGUCGGUAUCACCGAGGAGAUGAGCAAGACAUUGUCGGAAUUUGUCUGCACCGAGUGUCGACACGCACGAGACACCCAAGAACUGUACUGUCUUUGCAAGCAACCGUACGACGAAUCUCAAUUUUAUAUCUGUUGCGACAAGUGUCAGGACUGGUUCCAUGGACGCUGCGUCGGAAUUCUUCAAUCGGAAGCUGAUAACAUCGACGAGUACGUCUGUCCUAAUUGCCAGCGAAACUCGUCGGUUAAUUUCGCGAACAUGAAAAAUCUUAACGCCAAGGAUUUGGACCUCUUAAAGAAACUGAUCAAACAAAUACAGGCGCACAAGAGUGCUUGGCCGUUUAUGGAACCAGUGGAUCCCAACGAAGCCCCGGAUUAUUACAAAGUAAUUAAGGAACCGAUGGAUCUCCAGACGAUAGAGCUCAGGAUAAACGACAGGUCUUAUAAGAAACUGAGCGAGUUCAUCGGCGACAUGACGAAGAUAUUCGACAACUGUCGGUACUACAACCCCAAGGAGUCCCCGUUCUUCAAGUGCGCCGAGUCCCUCGAGACCUACUUCGUCCACAAGAUCAAGAGUCUAAGGGAAAAGUUCUCGGAGGGGAAAUGAGCCCCUUCGAAGUGCGACGAACGCUCUUACCGCGUAUGCCGGUGAAGCGAGGAAACGGAAAUUGAAACCCUCACGACGGGUGGUGGUGUGCUAAGCGAACGGAACGCGACCCGGUCCCUCCGCAGGUGACCGUAACUCGCACUCACGGAAACACAAAGUAUACAUAGCGGUGUAAUACGUACAGAUUAAUUAUUUAUUAGAGCUGUGUAUAUAUAUCUCGUUCUCGGUUAAUCCGUAAGUAUUCCGUAGGGCGAGAGUUAAACGUGGAAAUUAACUCCGGGGAAGCCCGCGGAGAACGGAGGAGAGUUCGGCAUCUAAGAGACAAUUUUACGACUCGAUCGUACCUGCUGUCGGAUCAAAGGGUUAAAAAGGCGUUUAUCACUUCGUCCUUCGCGAACUAAAUCAGAGCCUACUCGACCAGUUCGGCGGGUUUCGCCGCCGAGUCGAUAUUGCCGUGGGAACUAUUUUGUUUCCAAUGUACCACGGUGGGAUGAGAAAUUCGUACCCUGGGUAUACAUUUUAUAUUAUGCCGAGGCUACGCACUUUCUCGAUCCACCCAUCGAAUUAUCACCGCUUAAUAACGACGUCCUCGCGCGAGCGUUUCGUUCUACCGAUCUCUGUCCUGGUCCUUGUAGCCAUUUUUUUUUUUUAAGCCAUGAUAGGGAAGUAAAGUUCGAUAGUGCACUUUUCCAGGCGCUCGGAAUUUCGAUUCUUAAGCGCGGCAAUUUAUUUAUGCGUGGUAGCUUAAAUUCUCUUGGCGAACAUUAUGCUCCGAAUGUCGAUUAUCAUUGACUUGGUUAUACUUUUUCUCUUCUAAAAGGGACUGCACUCGUUUACGUAUUUUUUUUUUUUUUCUUUUUCCGGUGCCAUGUGUUUUGGUUGACGCGCUCUUCGAUGCUGGCAAAAUGUCACUUGUCAGCUGACGAGGUCAGACGCACAUUGGAGAAUAACGUUUCUUUUGCGAGGGAUCCGGUGGAAAGCUUAUCAAAGUUUGUAUAAACGUGGGAACUUUGAAGCUUCCGCGAGCGAUUCUUCCAUGUACAUCCGAUUUGGAUAAUUCCGUACUGUACGAUAACCGCAAGUUCAGUUAAUUCUCGCCUUUGCGAACUAAUCGGUCCCUCUGGACGAUUGAUUUAGUAAAUCGAGAACUAUCUGUACCAUUUAAUUGUACAUUGAAGAGGAAGCCGCAGGGUAGAAACGUCGUAUGACUUCCCGUGGAGCUGGACGGUUUGGGAUUCCUAAAAACUGUUUUCACCCGGCGCUACCAUUUAUAAAUAAAUAUAUAUGUAUAUAUGAGUGCGUACAUACAUAAGCGUAUAACGAGAGGCUUGUAUGGAUUGAUGUGUGCGAUUGGCGAUGCUCGAUAGCUUAAGGGGGUCAGUAGAUACACCGUGGAGAGAAAAAAAAUAUAUAUCAGAAUUUUCCAGCCCCGCGUCCGCCAUUUUGAAUCGCAUCGAAACUUCUAUCUUAAAUUCUCCAUAGAACGUGAAGUAAAUCAGCCUCGUAAGGAACUGUUCCCUGUACCUUUUAAUUUUUUUUUUUUUUUAAUUUAAACCGAUUGAUUAAAAUUUAUCUCAUAAUCUAUUCACCCCCUUAAAACGAUGGCCAAGAGCCAUCCGGCGUUUCGGUUCUCGACGAGUCUCUGUAAUUAGUUAUCGGCUGUCGAGCACGCAACUAAGGAAGGCGAUAACAAGUCUGGGGGAGACUUCGCGAAUGGAGGGAAGAAAGUAGGCGAGUGUUGCGGUUGUUCGCGCCGAGGGGCGACAACGUAAGAAUUACAAUCCGUAAACCUACAUAUAUCUCCGGAUCCGACAAAAGCGUUCCGUGUCACGCAUAGCUGUAAGACUAUUUAGGACGCGCAUAAUAAAUUGUACAAACUUGUUUAUCGUGCUCAGAAGUAAUUAUCAUUACUUACGUUGUUUUAAUCACAUAAAUUUUCUAUGAAAUUGUUUAUACACGAGACAUAUGAUGUUAGAGUUUAAGGCACAAAGCAGAGAGAGAAAUCGAGGUACCGCGCGGUGGACGAGGGAGAGCGCGAUUUGCUUUUGUAUAUAAUAGAGAUUAAAGGGAGUAGUAUGUCUAUGAACGGCGAUUGCAUGGUGUUGCAAUGAGAAAGAGAGAAAGAAACACCCGGCUUCCCCUUGUGGGGAAAUUGAGGGGCGAAUGAGGAUCCCUUUAUCAUUUUGAACGGCGACGAAAAGUUCGCCUCCUGCUCGGACGAGUAUUAUUUGCAACGGUCGCAAUUGUCGCAAAUUGUCGAAGGCCCCGGCUCUGCUGGAAUAUACAUAUGUGUAUAAAGUCGUAUUUUCGACCUCGCCAGGGAAAAUACGUGGCAAUAGCGUGGAGCGAUCCGCGAAUCUUAAGGGAGUCGGUCCGUUGUGAGGUGCCUCGAUCAAAGUGAGGUUAUGAGAAAUCGAAAAGCUACAUCCAAACGUUUCCUAUGUCUUUUCAUUCUCUUUUGAGCUCGGCUUAAAUUGCACUUCACCGACCCGACUCCCUUAAUGGAUAUAGGGACGCUUUUGUAAAUGUGAUCCUGGCAAACCGCUCAGGGAAUUCGGAACGAUUCCCCGCAAAAUUGCCGAGGUUCGGCCGAAUCUUCGCGAGCGAGUUUAAGGUUAAGUGUGCAUAGCGUGUGUGCCAGAAUUACGUGUGGGAGCUCUUCUCGAGAACGGGAAUUAGUUUACGGAUCGUAAUGGAACUCUGUUCCUCGGAGGCGACUGUCUCUCGAGGGAUCGGCUUUUUUAUAUUAUAGCUCAGGAUUCUAGAUUUCAACGGACUAUCGAAACGUUCUCAAUUCUUUGUCACAUAUGCGUACUGGGCGCAAAAGUUUGUUAAUGGCAAUACCGGAUUAUCGCGGCUGCCUUCAAAUCUAGUCUUGUACAUGAUCUGAACGAUGCGUUGGAAAUCAUUUGAGGAGAGCAAAAUUCACUGUUUUGGUACGGACUAGGGAUCUUCGUUAUUAUGUCUAAAGAGCGUACUUCAAAGUUAUCACUUGCCACGAAAUGGAUUAUUUUUCAUUAUGUUUGCAAGUUAAAGAAGAAUGACGUUAUAUGUCCACCGAACGCAAAACAAAUCGAUCUAUGGUCACAAGUACAAGUGGAUGGUUGUACAUAAUAUAAUUAAGACUAUUAAGGUUCCAGCGAGAAUGGGAGGAUAUACUUACAUAUAUAUUAUAUAUAUACACAGUGAGGACAUUUAAUUUUAUUGGCGGCUUACAUCUUUUAAUUUCGCUCUCGAUCCCGUUCUUGAGUGGCAAUCCGGUCUUGCUCAUUGGACAUCUUUUGGCGACGGUGACGAGUCUGUAGUCUACGGUCAAAAUAGAAUUCUAUAUAGUUCAAUAUGAUACUGUACUUUAUUUAAUACCAGGCAUCGAUGAACGAAAUAUUACAAACGAUUUCAAAAUA